UCAGGCAGUAUGGUUGGAAUAAAAUGUUAAGUUCAAAAAACGGUUUGUAUUUGAAACAGUUAACUCCUAUUACCACACUACAUAAACGAUGCGGUUUUCGAAAGAGCUUUCGUGAAAAACUGGACAAAGAGAAAGAAGAACAUGACAAAACAUUCCAAGAAUGGGCAGAAACAGAAAACCGGGGUUUUCGCAAGCAACAAUAUAUGAGGUCCUGGAUCAUUGAGAAAUAUGGUCCCCCUGCAAGUGUUCUUAAACUAGACGCUGUCGAGACACCAUUUGCUCGUAAAAUGACCAGUAUUUUGGAUGCUAGACGCUCAUAUUUAUACCAGGCUGUAAGAAACACAAACGAUGUAAUGAUAAAAGUUCACGCCGCUAGUAUCAACCCUAUAGAUAUCAGAAUGUGUGAAGGGUAUGGCGCCAAUUUGUUCAAUCUAAAACGAAGCCCGAUACAUUAUGCUGCGUCAUCUGUGCCAGGUGUAAGUAAAAUGUUUGAUGGGUAUGAAUUCCCUAUAGUUUUGGGCCGAGAUUUCUCAGGUACUGUAGUAGAUAUCGGAACAGGAGUUUUUGAUAUUAAAUUAGGUGAUGACGUUUAUGGCGCACCAAUGUUACAUACGCCUGGAUCAUUUUCCGAUUAUGUUUGCGUCCACUUAGACUGCGUUGUACAAAAACCAGCAACUUGCAGUCACAUUGAAGCAGCUUCUAUUCCCUACGUUGGGCUAACUGUACUGUCUGCCAUUAAAGAAAUUGUUGUUAGCCAAAAGCACCCUAAAAGAGCUCUUGUGCUUGGAGGCAGUGGUGGAAUCGGUACAUUUGCAAUCCAGUAUUUAAGAGCCCAUGGGUAUACAGUCAUAACCACUUGUUCCACUAAUGCAGUUCCUCUUUGUAGCAACUUAGGGGCGGAAUGCAUUGAUUACAAAACCAAAGACGUAAACGAAGAAUUACAAAACGUAGACAAGUUUAGCCUUGUGUUCGAUGCUGUUGGUGUUGAUGCAUCUGAUUGGGUGUCUAAUGUCCUCGUGACGAAUGGAUCGUAUGUGACAUUAAGAAGUCCUGUUGUAGAAAACACGGACAAACUUGGAGCUGUAGUUGGCCUUUCAACAUCUGUCACUGAUUUCACAAAAAAGAAAGCGGCCAGACCGGACGUUAACAUAAAAUGGGCAUAUUAUAAACCUGAUCGCCACAAUUUACUUGAGAUUGCCCGUCUCGUGGACAGUGGUAUGAUAAAACCAGUUAUUGACUCAAUAUAUAGUUUUGAUGAUGUACCGAAGGCAUUUGAGGUGUUAAGUUGUGGGGGCGCUCGUGGCAAGUCUGUGAUAAAUGUUUCUGGAUUGACUGAAGCUUCAGUAAAACCAGAUAUUGAAAAGAUUAUUCAUUUAUAGUAAAGUGUUUUUCAUACUGUUCUGUUUUUGCGCUGUUAUACAUUUGAUUGUGUACGUCUUUUUCAAAAUUCAUUAAAUAAACAUUAUAGUGAUUUUUCAGA